GGCAGUGGCGCAGCACCGCUUCUCUUCCGCCCGCACCAGCCACACCUCCGUCGGAGCUCGAAAGAUCCUGUCCGCCUCGUUCUACAUACUUCAUCUCCAUUCACCACUCCCCGUUCCGGAUUUCUCGACUCAAUCGCAUUCACCAUGUCUUUCUUCGGCUCCGGCUCUAGCUCUACCCCUGACUCCUCCAAGGAGGUGAAGGAUGCCAUCGUCAAGCAGCUCCAGAGCGAGACCGCCAUGAACAAUGCCCGGAUUCUGAUCAACAAAGUGAACGAACACUGCUUCGCCAAGUGUGUUCCUACCCCCGGCUCGUCCCUGUCGGCGAACGAGCAAACCUGCUUGACCGACUGCAUGGAAAAGUACAUCGCCUUCUGGAACGAGGUCAGCCGCACCCACCACCACCGCAUGGGUCUGGAAUCGAAGAAGAUGUCGCUGUAAUCGCCCUCCACAUCCCGUUUCCUCACCAAGAGGGCAUGGCGCCUCCCCGGUUCUUGCGGCCUCAUCCGCCACCGGAUUCGCCCUGUUUGAGCUAGGAUUAACCGUUCUGCGAGCUAUGUCUUAUCCAGCGUCAGUGGUCAUCGUGGGGAUGACCCUUUUGUAUAUAACAGGUCUUCUGGUUUCGGGCAGCCGGUGGCUCCUUGCGAGGACAGGAUGGAACAACACCGGAAAGGCAAGCAAGUUGCACUGGUCAGGCCGAACGGCGGCCCAAUGGACAUUCGGCUCCAUUCAGAGGCGAGGGAUACCGCUGAUCCAAGACUACUUUUAUUGCAAUGACCAAAUCAAAUAUGUACAUUAUACAGUUGCCUCCAAGGGGAAAGGGAAGGAAAGAUAUCAAGUGACCCAAAGUAGU